AUCCAAGGCAUGAACUCUGUUCCAGCGAAACAAGUAUGUGCUCAGGAUGCAAACAUCUGAAACUGUGUAAUGUUGGGAAAUUUUUCUAACCUCAAUUUUCUGACUGCUAAAGGGGAUUAUAACCUAGCUCACAAGGCUGUGGUGAACCUUAAGUGAGAUAAUGCAGUUACAUCGGGCUACCUAGUCUGUGGCACAAUCCACAUAAUUCCCCUUCCCUCUCUAAAAGCUGAUGCAUACUGCCCAAGGCUAGGAGUGAAGCACCUGGUGACAAGUCCACAAACCGGUGAAUAAGAUUAUUUGAACACUUCUGAAUUGUUGACCUAGAUUGUGCUGGGUAUUGUAUAAUUCACAGAGGUGACAGUUCUCUGCUGCCAGUGAUUUUCACACAACUCAGGAGCCCACCUCAGUGGAAAAGGCCGUCUCCUCCCAAACUCCUGAAAGAGAUCUAGAUUUGUCCUGGCUUUAACCUCGAUUUUGAUGUGUUGCCAUUUCCAACAAGGCCAAUUUCCUUGCUGAAAGAAGUCCUUCCCCUCGAAGAAAUCCCAACAGCUUCAUUUAAGUUCUUUUAUUGGUCUUGAUAAUGCCGGUUGUGAUUUUUCCUUGUUACGGUUUAUUGAUAUUAAGAAACAACCACGGGAAACUUGCCUUAAGAAGGCAGACUCUCGAUUUCCUUGACUGCCCAGGGAUGAUCCGUGUUAUCGCUGGGUGAAGAAGAUGUCGAGGAGCGGACAGGCGCUGGGGCAUUGGCGAGGGGAGGUGGGGACCCCGGAGCUGGGCCGGGUUGGGGAAUGGGCACGAAGAGAGGAGGCGCUGGAACCUUAGAUAGCCCCAGCGGCUGAGUCGAGCCCGACAGGUUCCAGCAGCUCCCCUCACUGCGCUCCACGCCUCCCGGGUUUUCCCCUCCGCUCAGGGUUUCCUGUUUCAGUUCUCGGUGAUCUCCAGCAGCAGGUGCUGGUUUGCCGACGUCGGCUUCAGAGGAGACGAAGGAGAAGGAAAAGAGGGAAGGGGAGGAGGAAACGACGCAGCGGCAGCGGCGGCGGCAGCAGGCGGGAGGUGGAGGAGCCAGUAGGCAGGCGGGACAGUCCGGUUCGCUCUCGCCCGCAGGGCAGCGGCGCGGGUGGCGCGCCAGAGCCGGGCCCCGGCGUGUGGCCGGGCGGGCGGCAUGGGGGGGGCCUCCCGCUCACCAGGCGCCCUAGCGGCGGCCCUGGGCUGAGGCGAGAGACGGCCGGCCGCUGGAGGGCCCCGGGGCUGCCCCGGCUUCCCGGGCAAAGUGAUGGCUGCUGAGAAGAGAUUGCAAGAAUACGGGGUGCUUUGCAUUCAGGAAUAUAGAAAAAACAGCAAAGUGGAGUCAAGUACACAUAACAGCUUCAUGGGCUUAAAGGAUCAUCUGGGGCAUGACCUAGGCCACCUUUAUGUGGAGAGCACUGACCCGCAUUUGAGUACAUCUGUACCUUGGUCAAUGGUAGAAAAACCAACAAUGGAUAGAGUUAAUUCUGGGAAGGAAGAAAAAGAGGUGUCUGAAGAGAAUGUGAGCUCUGGUGACUCAGAAGAAAGCACAAAUUCUGAUAAUGAGUCAGAGCAACUGAGUAACAUUUCAAUAGAGCCAUGUUUAUUAACCAAGACUCACAGACAGCUAUGUAGGUCUCCCUGCUUAGAGCCUCCUCACAUACUUAAACGCAGUGAAAUUUUACAAGACUUUAAACCCGAAGAGGCCCAGACUAUAUCCAGGGAAGCGAAGAAACCCCCUGAUGCAGUGAGAGAAUACCAAACAAAACUGGAGUUUGCACUUAAGUUAGGUUAUUCUGAAGAACAAGUUCAGCUUGUGCUAAACAAACUUGGUACUGAUGCUUUAAUCAAUGAUAUUUUGGGAGAACUUGUCAAACUUGGAAAUAAAAGUGAGACCGAACAAACAGUUAGUACAAUUAACAGUAUAAUGCGGGAAACAUCCUCCCUGGAAUCUCAGAGGUCUGAUUCUCCAAUGCAAGAGAUCGUAACAGACGACGGAGAAAAUCUGAGACCAAUAGUUAUCGAUGGCAGCAAUGUGGCAAUGAGCCAUGGAAACAAAGAAGUAUUUUCCUGUCGAGGAAUAAAAUUGGCAGUGGAUUGGUUUUUGGAAAGAAGCCACAAAGAUAUUACAGUUUUUGUCCCUGCUUGGAGAAAAGAGCAGUCCCGACCUGAUGCUCUCAUUACAGAUCAAGAAAUUCUUCGUAAAUUGGAAAAGGAGAAGAUCCUGGUGUUCACCCCCUCCCGGCGAGUCCAGGGCAGGCGAGUGGUGUGCUAUGAUGACAGGUUCAUCGUGAAGCUGGCUUUUGAGUCGGAUGGUAUAAUCGUGUCCAAUGAUAACUACAGGGAUUUGGCUAACGAAAAACCAGAAUGGAAGAAGUUCAUAGAUGAGCGAUUAUUAAUGUACUCAUUUGUCAAUGACAAGUUCAUGCCUCCUGAUGACCCUCUGGGCAGACAUGGCCCAAGCCUGGAUAAUUUCCUGAGGAAGAAGCCUAUUGUUCCUGAACACAAAAAGCAGCCUUGUCCAUAUGGAAAGAAGUGCACCUACGGACACAAGUGCAAAUACUACCAUCCGGAAAGGGGCAGCCAGCCACAGCGGUCAGUGGCUGAUGAGCUUCGUGCCAUGUCAAGAAAUACGGCUGCCAAAACUGCAAAUGAAGGAGGACUAGUGAAAAGCAACAGUGUCCCCUGCAGCACUAAGGCUGACAGCACUUCUGAUGGCAAACGAGGUGCUCCAAAGAGGCAGUCAGAUCCCAGUAUUAGGACUCAAGUCUACCAAGACCUAGAGGAAAAGCUUCCCACCAAAAACAAACUGGAAACCAGAUCUGUACCUUCCUUAGUUAGUAUACCGGCUACUUCUACUGCAAAACCCCAAAGCACUACAUCUUUAAGCAAUGGCCUUCCAUCUGGAGUUCAUUUCCCACCUCAGGAUCAAAGACCACAGGGACAAUAUCCUCCAAUGAUGAUGGCAACCAAAAAUCAUGGAACGCCAAUGCCUUAUGAACCAUAUCCAAAAUGUGACUCGCCUGUUGACAUUGGAUAUUAUUCCAUGUUGAAUGCAUAUUCAAAUCUGAGUAUCUCAGGCCCACGAAGUCCUGAAAGGCGUUUUUCCUUAGACACAGAUUAUAGGAUAAAUUCUGUAGCUUCUGACUGCAGCAGCGAAGGGAGCAUGAGCUGUGGGAGCAGUGACUCCUAUGUGGGGUACAAUGACCGGUCCUAUGUCAGUUCUCCUGACCCGCAACUAGAAGAGAAUUUAAAAUGUCAACACAUGUACCCUCACAGCCGCCUUAAUUCCCAACCUUUCCUGCAGAAUUUCCACGACCCCUUAACCAGAGUGCAAAGUUACAGUCAUGAAGAACCAAAGUACCAUCACAAGCCUCCUCUUCCACAUCUGGCUGUGCAUCUGCAGCACCCUGCUGUGGGAGCCCGGUCCAGUUGUCCUGGUGAUUACCCUUCUCCUCCAAGUUCAGCACACUGUAAGGCACCACACUUAGGACGGUCCUUAGUAGCCACAAGAAUAGACAGCAUUUCUGACUCUCGGCUGUAUGACAGUUCUCCUUCAAGACAAAGAAAGCCUUACUCCCGCCAGGAGGGGCUGGGAACCUGGGACAGGCAGGGUUAUGGGAUUGAGGCGUAUGGCUAUAGGCAGACUUAUUCCUUGCCUGAUAAUUCCACACAGCCAUGUUAUGAGCAGUUCACCUUCCAGAGCCUACCUGAACAGCAGGAGCCAACGUGGCGAAUACCGUACUGUGGACUGCCACAAGAUCCCCCAAGGUAUCAAGACAACCGAGAAAAGAUUUAUAUUAACUUGUGCAACAUCUUCCCCCCUGACCUUGUGAGAAUUGUCAUGAAGAGGAACCCUCACGUGACAGAUGCCCAGCAACUCGCCGCAGCCAUCUUGGUGGAGAAAUCACAGCUGGGUUACUGAAAGAUGAUGCAUCUUUGUGGUGUUUAGUUUUUUGUUCAGCUCAAAUGCUGAGGGAGGUUUGCUACAAUAGCACAUGUGAUCUCCUCACCAAGGAGGUUAUAUAGUAUCCAUUUAUGUGAAAUACUGUAUCAUGGAAUCUGUAUGUAUAGCCCCACAUAGUGGAAGUAUCACGGGAUUGCUUUACAUUCAAACUUUUUUUUAACAUUUCCUUUUUAAAGCUAUAUCCUCAGCUGGAAAUUUUUCCAGUUUGACUUACUAGAUGUAUCUGUGAUCUUUGAUAUUAAUCUUUGGUGCAUCAGGGGUUUAUAUGCAGCACUUUUUAUCCUUAUUUCAUGUUUUAUUAACUUGGUGUUUCUCUAUCAAUUGCAAGCAAUUACAAUACCUUCAGAAUGUUGAACAUUUGACUAGACCUAGCAAACAAACUAUUUUUUCAAGCCAAGCUUAAUUGGAAUCUUUUACAGCUUUUUAAGUUAUUUUUAUUUGGGGAAAGUGGGCUUCUUUGUGCUAUAAUCAUUAUUUAUAGAAACAAAGAUAUACUACGGCACUGACUUUAUAUUUUAAACAAAUGUAAGUUACCAGUUUAUGUUGAAAUGGGUAACAGUAUAUACUAGGAUGAUUUACAAUAUGGCACUUUUCAUUGUUUUAUUUUUGUUUGGAUUUUCUUGUCUGUUGAGUAAUUUAAUAUGGUGGAUUUAAAGGAAAGCAGAUGCAAUCAAUGGAAAAAAUGUUUCCAUUUCUUUUUUUUUUUUUAUGACUAAGGCAAAAGCCGUAACUGUUACAGUUUACAGCUUUGUUAUCCAGCUAUGGUGUGCUUCUAGAUGGUAGAAAUGGAAUUGAAUUCCUAGAGUUCCAUUGACCUGUAUUUUUAAUGUUUGUCUUUUUGUUUGAGGGCACAACAAUACUGGAUAAAAUAACCUUUUUGCAGUAAUUGCCUGUUUUUAAUGAAUCUAAUUAUUCUCAAUGCAACUUUUAUAUUUAAUACACUCUUUAGCUUUCCUGCUAUUUAUCAAGGCUGGCCUGGGGUGGCUUUAUGCAUUGAGGAUAUGCAACAUUUGUUGGCACUGCACUAUGGAAAUGAUGAUGGAGGAGUUGUAAAUGGUAACUUAAAAUUUUUGUAAGAUACUGUAUAUUUUCCAUUUUCCUGAAGGUAGUUUUAUGGGGGGCCUGUUAUAUUAUUAAGGCCAGAUUCUUGCCACAAAUAGUGUAGUUUUAGAUACAGACUAAAGUCUGUUAUAGUAUUAGUAAGGGAUAUUUCUGGUUUCAAAGUCAUGGGUUUUGCUAGAUGCGAAUUCAUUUUUGUUGGUUAGAAGACAGAUACUGGAAACAGUGGCAGUUAUGUGAUUGACAUGACUUCCCUGUUGCCUCCAGUUUUUUAAUUUUACUCAGUGUAAUGGACUUAACUUGGAUCUGUUUCUGUAGACUGCCAAGAUACCCUGGUUAUUCUGAUUAUUCCAUGCGCUACAGUUUGGAGUAAAGCCCUAAAAAACCAGAAAGUACCUUUUACUGUUGAUACAAAUUGUAUCUUUUUAACUAUAAGAACUAUUUUGAUUUGUAGAUCUAGUUAAAACACAAAUGUGUAACUAUGAUUAGACUUUUGGGCAACAUUUUAUCCCUUAUUUAAAUACAAAUUUUUUAAGUAAAAUUGAGGUCUAGAAUAAGGUAGAAAAUUAAAGUAACAGUUUAGGUAAAUAAAAGUGUCUGUCCUAGUUUUAUAUAAUAUAUUAAAUAAAUCCAUUGCCAUUUUCUUCUAAAACUUAUCUAGUGUGAACUUAACUUAAAAUAAAGGUAAAAUGCUGCCUGAAAAUAGUGUCCAAGCACCUUUGACUAGGAUAACAUUUUCACUACUUGUGUGACACUGUGUGUUGCAUGAAGUAGGGUUUGGGUAUACGGUAAAUGCUUCUAAAAGGCAUUGUGCAUAUUUGACAUACCCAAUAAUCUGAACCGUGUUCAGCAAACUUAAUUCAGGAAAGUGGUGUUCUACAUAAUUAUUGCUGUUGUUUUUGAAGUGAGUGUGGUACUCCUCUGUACCUGGAAAUAAUAGAGAUGAUGCCACACAAACCAUUCUGAGUGGUGGCUGUCCGAGAGUGACCCCACUCACUUGUGAAGUUGUUCUCCUUGGUUUUGUGGGUCACUAUCUGUAGAACAAGCUUAAAUGUAGGGGCAAAACCAGUGCCAAAAAAAUAGGGAUACAAAUGUGUAGUACUUUUUUUUCAAGUCAUAUUCUAAGCCCUUUUUUUUAGUGUAAAAUCACUUUUAAAUUGUACUUGAAGGUUUUGCUUAUGUUUUCUUAAUUUUGGUAUCAAAUGUUUGGAGAUUCUGCCAAACUUUACCAAAUGUAUAAAUGAGAUUUUAAGUAGAAUGUAUAUCACACCUUUAAUUUGACCUUCUAAACAUUUUUAGCUAAUAAGGUGUCAUCGCUUCCUGGAUUUCAUACUAUCAGGAGUAGUGUAGCUGCCACCACCUGUCCUGAAGUGAAUAGCUCUGAACUACCCACUCUGAAAUCUUUCAGUAUAAUUGUAAGUUAAGAUACAGCCAUUUCCUUAUGUCGAGGAAUUUGUCCCCCCUCCUCCGCUUUUUUUUUUUCAGCACUAAUAUUGCUUUCAGAGCUUAAGAAUCAGAUGUUUGGCAGACUUUGGAUACAGCAAAUUCUUAACUAUCUAGUGCAAUAAGUAAAAGGAUCCAUCAUUAAAUUAAAUCCAAAGCUGACUUCAAACCUUUAAUUUAGCUAAAACUUUCACCUUUAUCAUCUCUUUUACCAGAUUUGAUAAUAAAUGAGAGGUGUGUUAAUAAAUAGUGAAACUGCCAGGAGAAAGGAUUUUGAUUGGAAUAUUCUGCCCCUGAAUAACUGAGAGUUCACUGUACUUUACACAGUAAUUAGCCAGUUCGUUGUCUCUGUGUCUUAGUACAGAGGAAAUAGUACCCAAGUGGCCAAAUACUGGCCCUUAGUAUCACCUCCGUUCUUGCAUGUGAUACAUAAGUUUUCAGUCUCCUUUUUAUGACCUCUGUAUCCUGACAGAGCCUGUCAUUGACUAAACAUUUGAAAGAAAUGCAAACCAGUAUAAAAUAUUUAAUACUGGUAGAAACUAGAACUUUUGUGUUUUUAUGAAAAUACAUUUAUAAGAAUGUGUACUAUAAUUAAAAAGUUUUUAUAUGUAUACCUACAUGCACACAUAUUUGUUAUGAAGUAAUACUAACAGUGGGAGGGUGUUAUACUUUUGAUGGCUAACUUUUCCUUAGUUGAACUGUUUCCUUGAGUUACACAUGCCUGAGUCUGGGUGACCAAUGAUAAGAUUUAGAAAUGCUUGAAUGGAAAGCAACUCUUCACUGGUUUUAUUCCUGGUAUUUUUAAAUAUUUUGAUAAUUUUAAUAGACUGUAAUUUUAAAAUACACAAAAACCUUAAAGUAGUAUUGAUUAUACAAAUAAUUAUUUAACAUGUCUUUUAUGGAUGUAUCUCUUAUGUAUAUAAACAGUAAUAUAUUUAUUAAACAAAUAUAUUUUAUGUUGUAACUAUUAGUUUGUGAUAGGUGGGAGGGUGGCUCUGGAUAUGUAUAUGUGUGUUCUGAAAACUAUUGAGCUGUUUUUCCUGAUUGAAUGUUAUUUACCCUAAGGUAUAUUAGGUUUUGGGUUUGGUUAUUUUUGUAGUCCAACUUCCUUAUUCACUAUAAAAUAAGAUGUACAAUUUUCUGGCCAUUGUGUUAGUGAAUGGCUCAUCCAUUCUAUUAUCUUCCACAUCCUGGAGCAUUCCAGAGUGACCUGAAAUCAAACACAGUAUAGCCAGAGAGAAUGCUGUGUUCCUAAUAUUAUAUGUUAAACAUGGGAACUCAGUGAGGUUGUUGACUUUGUAGGUAUAUACCAACAAAUAAAAUGAAGUAUAAAAUACAUGACCUGUACACAUACAUUAGAAUAAGAGAACGAGUGUUUAGAGAAACAUGCAUUAUUUCAGAUUGGUCUGGAAAACUCCCUGGGACGAGAGUUGACAAGCUUUCUAUAAAAGAUCAGAUAGUAAAUCAGGCUUUGAGAAUCAUAUAGUUCUAACUAUGGUGAUGAACUACUCACCUCUGCCCCCACUGCGUGAAAUUAGCCACAGACAGCAAGACAGACGUGGCCAGGGGCCACAGCUUGCUUAUCCCUGCCCUACAGGGAGAAAAGCAGACAUUUUAAGCAUUCAAUCCCAAUAUAUGUUAAUAUAAGAAAUCCUUGUAAUUGUAUUUCAGUUGGCAUUGAAAUCUUUUUAUUGAUGGCUGCAAAAGAAGAUUUGUGAGUCAUUAAAGCAUCUUAAUUCACUUACAUGUUUUAUCUGCUCACAGUCAUUGAGAGAUUUCUUAUGUUUAACCACAAAAAAGCAUUCUGUAAAAAGAUAUUUUAAUAAGUAUUGAAAUUUUUUCAUGAACUUCGUAUUUUUACUGAUAAGUAGGAAUUACUUCCCUACCUUUUGUUUCUUAAAGACCUCAUGGACCAAAAAUUCUAUUGUAUUUUGAAAAUUAGCAUAUAAUUAGCCACAAAAUACUUUAAAGACUGCAUUUUAUCAGUUACAUUUUUUUUCUGGUUUUUGACUUCCAAAAAAUAACAGAUGUGUCCUUUAAAAUGGUUUUAAAGAAGAUAAAUACAUUAUAAUUUCACACGCUAUGGCUGUAUUCUGUAAGGCUAAAACUUGUGGCUGGUGUAAUGGUAGCUGAAAUGUGAGCGCAUUCCCUGUGUUGGUGUCUCUGUAAAAAACAAAACAUAUCCUUGCUUUCACCAUCCAAACCUUCAAUGCAGAGUUUUUUUAAAUGAUACCUUGGAACAGUCCAUGUGAAUGGUAUUCUUAACAUGAUCAUGUGUAAUUGUAAAUUCAUUGGAUGUACACACUGUGGAGCAUGUUCACAGUGGUUUGUAAAUUGUUACAUCAGUUACAUCAUUUCCAUCAGUUUUGAACAUUACCAUCCACUUUAGUUAUACUUUCUUUUAAAAUUGGAAUACAACUCUAGCUUUUAAUGGUAACUGGUUACUUGGUUUAUUUUUCUUUGAUGCCAUCUGUCCAUCUGCUUUUUUACUUCUGUUACAAUAAUACUGUUAUGUGUUAGGAGUGGAUUUUCCCCUAGGAUCCUUAGUCUUUCAGAUUUAAAAACAAUAACGUUUUGACCAUUUGGCAGUAAAAAAUGUCUAUGCAUAUUUUAAUUCAGUUUUAUAAAAUUUGUAAAGUUUCACUUUCUAAACCAUGUACCAAAUUUGCCAAUUUUCUGUCUGGAUUUUUCUGAUAAAUAACAAAUGGUUGUCCGUUAAAGGGUUUUUGACUCCUUUCCUAAAGCAGCUCUGUCUCAAGGGAAAAAGACAUUGAAGAUAUAUAUAGAGAUAUAUAUACACAUACACGCACCAUCUCUCUUGCUCUCUCUAUAUAUACACAUAUAUAUACACACACACAUAUACAUAGUAUAUUUUAUGUUUUCUUAGAUUUUUUUUGAAAUUAUAAAUUUCUCAGCUAAUAAAAUUACCCACAGACAUGCAAACUUCUGCAGACAUGGACAGCAUUGCAAGUGAACCACGUCACUGAUUUUGUCUUUUCCUUUAGGUUUUUUCCUCCCAAAUUGAAGUUGUAUGCUGAUAGUAGAAUUUCCAAUUUGAUCCUUGACAUAUUUCUUAUAGGAAAAUAAGGAAAAGAAUAUCUUUAGAACUACCAUCUGAUAAACUGAUGUGAUUCUAUUUAUCCUGUGUCUGUUCUGUCUUUAUGUAAUAGAAUUUUUACAGCUCUAAAAAGCAGUAUUUUAGACCUAACUGGAAAUCGUAUCAAAACGGCUAUGUGAUUCUGCCACUGAGAAAAAAUAAUUAAAAAAUUCAUUUUUCUUUU